GCGAGAGCACCCGUGCCGCUCCCCAAGGCUCGACCCUUGCCAACCCGUCAGGCUUCACUCGGCCCGAAUACCGAGUAGGGAAGGAGGGCCACCCCCGGGAAGGACCCCCGAUCGCCUCUCACAGGGUAUAGGGCGCCUGAACUCCCCCUCCCCCAGCUCUGUUGGCGGGUAGGGUCCCAGUGCUUGCCCGCUGACAUCCCUUCAGGGGACUCUACUUCCUAAUCACCCCCUACCUCGUUCGGACCCGCCUUUCCUUCGCGCCCAGGGUACACAGUCGGGGAUCAUCCCGUCUUCCACAACUCCUUUCCAGACCUCCACUAGCCGGAGAGGCAGCCGGGACACUCCGCCCCCUACACAAACACUUAUCUCUGGUGGGGGACAAAGCUCGGGGUUCACUCCCCUUCCCUGGAUCCCUCCAGAGUCCCCAGGUUUCCCCAAUCUAGGGGAUUCAGCGCCGGGACGCUGCUAUGGACGACAUUUUCACUCAGUGCCGGGAGGGCAACGCGGUGGCCGUUCGCCUGUGGCUGGACAACACGGAGAACGACCUCAACCAGGGGGACGAUCAUGGCUUCUCCCCCUUGCACUGGGCCUGCCGAGAGGGCCGUUCUGCUGUGGUUGAGAUGCUGAUCAUGAGGGGGGCACGAAUCAAUGUGAUGAACCGUGGGGAUGACACCCCCCUGCACCUGGCAGCCAGUCAUGGACACCGUGAUAUUGUGCAGAAGCUGCUGCAGUAUAAAGCUGACAUCAAUGCAGUGAAUGAGCAUGGGAAUGUGCCCCUGCACUAUGCCUGUUUUUGGGGACAAGAUCAGGUCGCAGAGAACGGGCAGAGAAGAUGGGCCAGAAUCUUAACCGUAUUCCAUACAAGGACACCUUCUGGAAGGGGACCACCCGCACUCGGCCCCCUAUGGAAGGGCCGUUGGCAGGGCAAUGACAUCGUCGUGAAGGUGCUAAAGGUUCGAGACUGGAGUACAAGGAAGAGCAGGGACUUCAAUGAGGAGUGUCCCCGGCUCAGGAUUUUCUCGCAUCCGAAUGUGCUCCCAGUGCUAGGUGCCUGUCAAUCUCCACCUGCUCCACACCCCACCCUCAUCACACACUGGAUGCCAUAUGGAUCCUUGUACAAUGUGUUACAUGAAGGCACCAAUUUUGUUGUGGACCAGAGCCAGGCUGUGAAGUUUGCAUUGGACAUGGCAAGGGGCAUGGCCUUCCUACACACUCUAGAGCCCCUCAUCCCACGACAUGCACUCAACAGCCGUAGUGUAAUGAUUGAUGAGGACAUGACUGCCCGAAUCAGCAUGGCCGACGUCAAGUUCUCCUUCCAAUGCCCUGGGCGCAUGUAUGCACCUGCCUGGGUGGCCCCUGAAGCUCUGCAGAAGAAGCCUGAAGAUACAAACAGACGCUCAGCAGACAUGUGGAGUUUUGCAGUGCUUCUGUGGGAACUGGUGACACGGGAAGUACCUUUUGCUGACCUCUCCAACAUGGAGAUUGGAAUGAAGGUGGCACUGGAAGGCCUUCGGCCUACCAUCCCACCAGGCAUUUCCCCCCAUGUGUGUAAGCUCAUGAAGAUCUGCAUGAAUGAAGACCCUGCUAAGCGGCCCAAGUUUGACAUGAUUGUGCCCAUCCUGGAGAAGAUGCAGGACAAGUAGAGCUGGAAAGUCCUUGCCUAAACUCCAGAGGUGUCAGGACACGGUUAGGGGAGUGUGUCUCCCCAAAGCAGCAGGCCUCUGGUUGCCUCCCCUGCCUCCAAUCAUGGUACUACCCCAGCCAUGGGGCCCAUCCCCCUGCCCCCAUCCCUACCACUGCAGCCCCCAAAGGGGCUAGGCUCAGAGCUUUGUCACUUGCCACACGGUAUCUCCCGGCAUGGGAGGGACCAGCCCUGCCUGUCACAAUAAAGUUUAUUAUGAAAACA